UGCUUAAAGCUCUCAGGAAGAUGACCUGUAGACACACUGAAUGCAGCUGUUGUGACUUCCUGCUUCAAGAUAGCAUUGUUGUCACACCUCUUCUCCUCUGUAACCUGGCAUCGAAAUAGUGCCUCAGCCUUGAUACCCCGCGGGUCUGAGUCGAGAGAGGCCAACCCUGUGUAAAUCAGCCGGCUACUGCAGUCAUCCUGGCUGGGUUUUUAUGGUCAAAGGCACCGGCGCCAUUGUCGGGCAGCUCGAGCGAUGCGAGCACGAACAUGACUGAAGCAUCUGCCCAGGCCAGGCUCACGCCACAGUUCUGCUUCUCCACCGUUGCCUUGAGAGAUUUUCUGCGUCUCUCCCGAAGUACGGUAGACGACUCCAUCACGCAGAGCCUCAAUGCUCUAGUCACGCCUGCCAAGGCUGGGUUCGAUCCCCGGUCUACCGCCUCGAGAGCGCCUCAUGGGCCUCGGCAGCCCAUAGGCGCGGCAGCGUGCGAAGAUUUCAAGGGCAAAGUCCUGUUUCCGUCCUGGCAGAGUCGAUCGGAUGUCCUUACGUACUGCUCGCUUGUUGCAACGAGCCCAGAUCCGGACGACCCGGAGAUCGCUUUGCGAGCCUCCGAGACGGAGAAGAACCGAGACCGGAUAGUCGACGAGCGACUUGAUCCGUACUCGGCGCGGUUCUUCCCCAGAGAGGCGCGGACGGAGCAGUUGGCGAACCUGAUGCGGCAGGAACGAGGCGUGGAGAAGAUUGUUCGAUCGCGGACUUGGGCAGUGCUGGGUGAGCGGUGCGGAACUUCUCCAAUUGACGCCGAGCAGGCACUCGACACAUGGAGGCGCGAGCAGCAGAAGUCGAGCCCUCAACGCGAACUGGGGACCUAGUUGAAAGUGCAGAGGUGGGUUUAAUGGUUUAGGGGGUUCAUCAGCAUGGCGUUGUGUUGUUUCUAGUCUAGAACUAGUUAUUACCACUCUUUCUGUACGAUAAGAUGGCAUAGCAUGGAAUCAGUGUACAGAUAUCCCAAUCCAUUUAUUUCAAUG